UAUUCCUGGGCCAGGGACCCGCCGCCAUUUUGCGUCCCUCCCAUCCGCUCCGUGCGUAUCUGUGCGUCCGGGCCCCCCCGGACUCCCCUCAGGCUACCAUCAUGACUGCUGAAGAAACAGUGAAUGUAAAAGAAGUUGAAAUAAUUAAACUAAUCUUAGAUUUCCUGAACUCGAAGAAACUUCAUAUCAGUAUGCUGGCUCUUGAGAAAGAAAGUGGAGUCAUUAAUGGCCUGUUCUCAGAUGACAUGCUUUUUCUGAGACAGUUGAUCCUUGAUGGACAGUGGGAUGAGGUUCUUCAGUUCAUUCAGCCUCUUGAGUGUAUGGAAAAAUUUGACAAGAAAAGGUUUCGCUAUAUUAUACUGAAACAGAAAUUUUUAGAAGCCUUAUGUGUGAACAAUGCAAUGUCAGCAGAAGAUGAGCCUCAGCACCUGGAGUUUACAAUGCAAGAAGCUGUACAGUGCCUACAUGCCCUGGAAGAAUAUUGUCCUUCUAAAGAAGACUAUAGUAAACUGUGUUUGUUACUUACAUUGCCCCGUCUGACCAACCAUGCAGAAUUCAAAGACUGGAACCCUAGUACUGCACGAGUUCACUGCUUCGAAGAAGCUUGCAUCAUGGUUGCAGAGUUUAUUCCUGCCGACAGGAAACUGAGUGAGGCUGGUUUCAAAGCAAGUAAUAAUCGUUUAUUUCAGCUCGUAAUGAAGGGAUUGCUUUAUGAAUGUUGUGUGGAAUUCUGUCAGAGUAAAGCAACAGGAGAAGAAAUUACAGAGAGUGAAGUAUUGCUUGGCAUUGAUCUUUUGUGUGGUAAUGGGUGUGAUGACUUGGACCUGAGUUUAUUGUCAUGGCUUCAGAAUCUGCCAGCUUCUGUUUUCUCUUGUGCUUUUGAACAAAAGAUGCUUAAUAUUCAUGUUGAUAAACUCUUGAAGCCCACAAAAGCUGCAUAUGCUGAUCUUUUGACACCUCUUAUCAGCAAACUUUCUCCUUACCCAUCAUCCCCAAUGAGACGGCCUCAGUCAGCUGAUGCUUACAUGACUCGUUCCUUAAACCCUGCCUUAGAUGGGCUGUCAUGUGGAUUAACGAAUCAUGAUAAGCGAGUCACAGACCUUGGAAAUAAAACCUCUCCAAUGUCACACUCCUUUGCCAAUUUCCAUUACCCAGGAGUGCAGAAUCUUAGCAGAAGUCUCAUGCUUGAAAAUACAGAUUGCCAUAGCAUUUAUGAAGAGUCACCUGAGCGAAGUGAUACUCCUGUGGAGCCGCAGCAUUCCAUUGGCAGUGAGACCAUGUGCCAGAGUUCAGUUCCAGAAAAUGAGCCAGUAAAUGGAGCACAGAAUCAAGGACCAGCCAAACCAGAAAAAAAUGAGCUUCGUGAUUCAACAGAGCAGUUUCAAGAAUAUUAUAGACAAAGAUUACGUUACCAACAGCAUUUAGAACAGAAAGAGCAACAACGACAACUGUAUCAGCAAAUGUUGCUUGAAGGAGGAGUAAACCAGGAAGAUGGGACAGACCAGCAACAGAAUCUUACUGAACAGUUUCUUAACAGGUCUAUUCAAAAGUUGGGAGAGUUAAACAUAGGUAUAGACACUCUUGAAAAUGAUGUGCAGACUCUCAGCCAGCAAUGUAAUGGGAGCAAAGGGCAUGCAUCUAACACGCCAGCAACUAGCUUCGUAUCACCACCUCCAGAUGUUAGUCAGAGAAUAGGUACCGAUAACCAAAAUGUUAAUACGAGCACUCCUCAAAAGCGUGGAUCAACAAAUCAGAUACCCUUUCUUGAAGAAUCGCCUGUCCAUGGGAGUAAAACUAUGCCAGAACACACUAUCAUUCAGCCACAACUUGAAGAUUCUUCAGGGAAUCUAACUAGGACAAGAGGUGAUGAGGAUGAUAAAUCAAAAAAGCAAUUCAUUUGUAUUAAUACUCUAGAAGAUACACAAGCUGUCAGAGCUGUGGCUUUUCAUCCGAGUGGGAGUUUGUAUGCUGUUGGCUCAAAUUCUAAAACUUUGAGGGUGUGUGCCUAUCCAGAAGUAAUUAACCCAAGUGCUUAUAACACUCCUAAACAACCAGAUAUUCGUUUCAAAAGGAACAAACAUCACAAAGGGUCAAUCUACUGUGUGGCAUGGAGUCCUUGUGGACAGUUGUUGGCUACUGGUUCUAAUGAUAAAUAUGUUAAAGUACUACCUUUUAAUGCAGAAACUUGUAAUGCAACAGGACCAGACUUGGAGUUCAGUAUGCAUGAUGGGACAAUUAGAGAUCUUGCUUUUAUGGAAGGCCCAGAAAGUGGUGGCGCUAUUUUAAUUAGCGCUGGAGCAGGAGACUGUAAUAUUUACACAACAGACUGCCAGCGAGGUCAAGGCCUGCAUGCUCUGAGUGGCCAUACUGGUCAUAUUUUAGCACUUUAUACAUGGAGUGGGUGGAUGAUUGCAUCUGGUUCCCAAGACAAGACUGUAAGAUUCUGGGAUCUUAGAGUACCGAGUUGUGUUCGUGUAGUCGGAACAACAUUUCAUGGAACUGGUAGUGCUGUGGCAUCUGUUGCAGUUGAUCCUAGUGGUCGCCUACUAGCUACAGGGCAAGAAGACUCCAGUUGCAUGUUGUAUGAUAUUCGAGGCGGACGAAUGGUACAGAGCUAUCAUCCUCAUUCCAGUGAUGUUCGUUCUGUUCGCUUCUCUCCUGGGGCUCACUACUUGCUCACAGGAUCUUAUGAUAUGAAAAUAAAGGUGACAGACUUGCAAGGGGACCUUACUAAGCAACUUCCUAUUAUGGUGGUAGGGGAACAUAAGGACAAAGUGAUUCAGUGUAGGUGGCAUACGCAAGAUCUAUCCUUCUUGUCAUCUUCUGCAGACAGAACUGUAACACUUUGGACCUACAAUGGUUAG